AUGUAUCGAAUUAGAGAAGGUUUGAGGCAGGAAGACGUCAGCAUUCAUUGGCUCAAUUUGCAAAUCGAGACACUUCGUCGGUGCAACGAUGAUAUGCACAGUACAUAUUUGCAAAUAUGUGAGCUCGUUCCGAGAGAGCAACGAGAUGAAUAUAAAAAUGAGUACGUCAGGGCAGAGGAACUGUACGACACACUAGUUGUUCUCAUACAAGCCAAGAUUGCAAAGUGGAAUGCUGACGAAGAAGAGAAGCGACGCGGUAGAAUGAACGCAUUAGCCCCCGCUUUCGUCUCACAACAGCCAGUGGUUGUGAACAAUUCGACACCUCACCUGCAGGUGCCCUUGCUGACGUUUGACGGCAACCUUGAAAACUGGUACUCCUUCAAGUGCAUGUUCCAAACGAUAAUGGACAGGUACCCAAAUGAGUCGCCAGCUACAAAACUCUACCACUUGAAGAACUCCCUAAUAGGAAAGGCUGCAGGCAAAAUUGACCAAGACGUGAUCAACAACAAUGAUUACGAAUCAGCAUGGAAAAUGCUUGAGGAUACUUAUGAAGACGAGCGACUUAUCAUCGACACUCAUAUAGAUGCUUUACUAAACCUGCCCAAGAUGACGAGUGAGAACGGCAACAAACUGCGUAGCUUGCUUGAAACCUGUACGAAACACGUCGAUGCGUUAAAGAAUCGUGACUUGCCAGUGGACAAACUGUCGGAAAUGAUGCUCGUUAAUAUGAUUGCAAAACGUUUGGAUAAGGAAACCAGGAAAUUGUGGGAGUCGCAGAUCCCAACAAAUGAACUGCCGUCGUAUCGUGACAUGAUCGACUAUUUACGUGAGCGAAGUCGUAUACUGCAAAAAAUGAGAGAAUACAACGAACCGCGACAGACUACUGCGACCAAGCAGAGAAAUAAAUUCGAGAUGAAACCCGUUCAAGGUAGAAAUUUUGUGAAAACCUCGUCAAGCCAGUGCAAGGAGUCGUGUCCAUGCUGCAGUGGUGAACAUAAUAUCUACAAGUGUGACACGUUUAAGGAGCUUGCUGUGAAUGACCGAUAUACUAAAGUUAGGCAAGCCGGUUUAUGCUUCAAUUGUUUGCGACGUGGGCAUAGGACCACCGUUUGCAACUCCGACAAGACCUGCAGGACAUGCAAACGAAAGCACCACAGUCUGCUGCAUGAGGACAAGUCAACAUCAACAAUCCCUAAGUCUCUGGAAAACCAACCUUCUGUAUCGUGUUCGGACGCAUCUGAAGAACGAGAAAUUGCUGUACAUAGUCAAGCUUCUGUAAACUGCUAA